AUGCCUAUCAAAGAAACCGAUAAAGAAGUUAUUUUAACUCAUCCAGCUGAUGACACAACUAGCGUUCGUAUCCUAAAGUACGGUGCAACAGUUUAUUCCUGGAAGUUGAAAUCAGAAGAACAGCUGUGGUUAUCUACAGCUGCUAAACUGGAUGGUAGUAAACCUGUGAGAGGUGGUAUACCUUUGGUAUUUCCUGUGUUCGGGAAGAAUAGCACUGAUGAAUAUUUGAGUAAGUUACCCCAACAUGGUCUUGCAAGAAAUUCUACUUGGGAGUUUUUAGGCCAAACUAAGGAAAAUCCACCGACCGUGCAGUUUGGUUUGAAACCAGAAAUCGCUAACCCAGAAUUGACUAAGUUGUGGCCAAUGGAUUUUCUUUUGAUUUUAACUAUCGAGUUGGGCUCCGAUCAUUUGAAAACAGCCAUAGAAGUAGAAAACACAUCUAGUUCCAAGGAAUUGAAAUUCAAUUGGUUGUUUCAUACAUAUUUCCGCAUCGAGGAUAUUGAAGGAACAAUGGUCUCUAAUUUAGCUGGUAUGAAACUUUACGACCAAUUAUUGAAGGAAUCUUAUGUUGAUAAGCACCCAGUGGUGACUUUCAAUCAAGAAACUGAUGUAAUUUAUCAAAAUGUCAGCGCCGAACGUGCCAUUCAAAUCGUUGACAAGGGCGUUCAAAUUCAUACUUUAAAGAGAUACAACCUGCCAGAUACUGUUGUUUGGAAUCCAUGGAUUGAGAAGUCUCAGGGGAUGGCUGAUUUCGAACCAAAAACUGGUUACCAACAAAUGAUAUGUAUUGAACCUGGUCAUGUUCAUGAUUUUAUUACCCUGGCUCCUGGUAAAAAAUGGAAUGCUUAUCAAUUACUUUGUAAAGAAGAAUUGAAAUACCAAGCCAUUCAAUAA